AUGCGAUCAAUAAUAAAUUCUUCUCUCAAACAAUGUACCAUUAUUUUACGAGAACGUAGUGGUCGACUUGGAAAUCGUUUGUUUAUGUUUGCUUCUGCAUAUGGUUUAUCACUUAAUCAAUCAUAUCAAUUAUAUAUCGAUUCAGAUAUUAUCAAAGAACUGAAUAAAUCAUUUAAUAUUAAUCUAUCGAAUCUUAUAUCAAAAUCGAAAUUCAGUGAUUUGAAGUUUGUCAAGAAAAUUUAUAAUCAUUGUACUUAUUUCUCUCAGAUUUUCUCUUCAAAUUCUUCUUCAAUUCAAUUAUCAGGAUUUUGGCAAGUUUAUAAACAUUUCUAUGGGCAUAGAGAACAAAUUAAACAACAAUUAACUUUUAAAUCGUCAAUUUUCCAUCGUAUUAAUCAUUUUCUUAAUAAAACUGUCAAUCGAACUAAUUCGAUUAUUAUAGGUAUACAUAUUCGUCGAGGUGAUUUUCUCUUAGUUCGACGAGUAUCAUCCGAUAAAUAUAUCUUUACUGCAAUGUCAUAUUUUCAGUUAAAAUAUGUUUUAGUUAAAUUUAUAAUUGUAUCUGAUGAUAAAUCGUAUUGUCAACAAAGAUUUGCUCAUCAAAACAAUGUUUUUAUUACACCAAAUUCAUUUAGUGCAACGGAUGAUUUAGCUUUAUUGACUAGAUGUGAUCAUCUUAUUAUUACUGCUGGAACAUUUGGAUGGUGGAGUGCAUUUCUCUUACAUAAUCAAUUCGGUGAAGUUAUAAGUGAUUCUAAAGUAGAUGGUACACCAAUUGAUGCAAAUUGUCGACGAGAAGAUUAUUUUCCACCUUGGUUUUCAUUUUUAAAUAAUACAAAUUAA